CUUCAUCCAGGAGACGCUCAUAUCUCUCCUCCACUAAGGCAACAUCACCUUCUUCUUCAUCACCAUGAUCAGAGUUCUGAUUCACCUGGCAGCUCUUCCAAUCUGGGUGACAGGUAUUCAAUCACUCAUUAAGAGAAGUCUAACAAAUCUAUUAAUGUUAUUAAACUGAAUAAAAUGUUCUCUCUCUCUCUCUCUCUCUCUCUCUCUCUCUCUCUCUCUCUCUCUCUCUCUCUACAGGGCAGUCACUUAGUAGCAAAGUCCAUCAGACUCCUAUUGCAAUACUAAAAGGAUCAAAAAAUAAUGUACAACUCACCUGCAACCACACUAUUCAAAGCUACAACGUGAUACUAUGGUACCAACAGUCAACAGGAGACACUGCUAUGAAACUCAUUGGCUAUGCAUUUGCCACGUCAAUAACCAUGGAGAAAUCGUUUGAAAAGCACUUCAAUGUGAGUGGAGACGGUCAGAGAGAGGCUUCCCUUCAUCUACUGAGUCUGAGAGCACCUGAAGACAGUGCAGUUUAUUACUGUGCAGCCAGCCAACACAGUGAUGUAGAGUACCUUCUCUCCUCUACAAAAACCCUGUCUGAUAGAAAACUAGGAGCAGUGCUCAGAACACCUGCAUCUGAGGUU